CCUGAUUCAGUCCACAGCUAUAAUUGUAUACUGUACACUGCCGCUUUAACGACAAUGACGUUACAGUGGGUGUGUUUUUAAAAACAUUUUGCACGUUGAAAGGAGCAUGCGUCACCUUUAGCUCUCGAAAGUGAAUAAGAAAAGGUUUAGGCUCUGAAUCGAAGCAUUAUACAGCUUUCGUUAAUAUCACUGAACGUUUUGAUUUUCACGGUUGAAGAAGGUGUCCUAACAAAAUGGCUACAUCUGCAAAGUGCCUCAGCCAAGGAAGCCCUGCUCCUGGUCCUGUGCCCAAGGGAAAGAUUCGGCUGUACAGCAUGAGGUUCUGCCCUUUCGCACAAAGGACCCGCCUUAUCCUCCAUGCCAAAGGCAUCAAACAUGACACCAUCAACAUCAACCUGAAGGACAAGCCUGAUUGGUUCUUGGAGAAGAAUCCCUUUGGUCUUGUCCCAGUGCUGGAGACUCCUGCUGGCCAAGUGAUCUAUGAGUCACCAAUCACAUGUGAAUACCUGGAUGAAGUGUACCCUGGGAGGAAGCUGAUCCCUUCAGACCCAUAUGAGAAGGCACAACAGAAGAUGCUGCUGGAGCAUUUCUCCAAGCUCACCCCAUACUUUUACAAGAUUCCGAUGGCCCAAAAAAAUGGUGAAGACACAUCCGAAAUGGAAGGGGAACUGAAGCUGAAGCUUGGAAAAUUUAAUGAGAUCCUUUCCAAAAAGAAGAGCAAGUUCUUUGGAGGAGAUGCUGUAUCUAUGAUUGACUACAUGAUCUGGCCUUGGUUCGAGAGAAUAGAGAUACUCUCCUUGAAGCACUGUCUCGAUAGCAGCCCGGAGCUGACGAGCUGGACAGAGCGAAUGAUGGAAGAUCCAGCAGUGAAGGCUGCCUCAACUGACACGGAGACCUGCAGGGGUUUUUACAAGACUUACACCGAAGGGAAACCCAAUUACGAUUAUGGGCUGUAGGGAAGUGAAAUACCGCUUGAACACCAGCUUUCUUCCCAGCCUUUCCAGCUUUAAUAUUUUCUGCGUAAAUACCAGCUUUGUCAAUAUUUUAUGUGUCAGUUGGUUAAAAGAGAUGUCUUGUGGAGGCAUACUUUUUUCAUUGUAAACCAUCAAUUUACCCGUUUACCUGUGCAGGACUAUGAAGUUUAUUUCCUCUUUAAAUCAUUUGAAUGUAUACAUUUUCAGGUGGUUCAUAGAGUUGUGAUAAAGGAAUACAAGGUCAUGGAUGAAACUAUAUUUGGUAUUUUGGAACUAACAAACCCUCUACAUAUUAAAUUAACCCUAACCUGAAAAAUAUACCAUACUGCUGGCAAAUUUUAAAUCUGUGGGAAAUGUAUAUGAUACUUUAAAACAUGGGCAAAUCAAAUGACACGUGAUAACUUGAGGAACGUGUGCAAACAGUCUAUAGAAAUGAUCUCUUUUGUUAGUCUUAUGGGUGAUUUUUUUCUGCAUCAUUUGAGUAAGUUUGAUACACUGCAGAGUAAGUUCUUUGAUUGUUUGUUUUGGGAAUUUGGUGAAAUAAAGUCCUUAUAAAGGCC